UCCGUGAAAAGAUGGUUGCUGCAGGCAUACAGUUGCUGGCUCUGCUGCUUGCGUGUGCAGUCAGCACAGCGGAGACUGGCCAAUCGUUUAACCUGAAAAUGUGGAGGAAGGAGGACCAGCCUGUACAGCAACAAUUCUCUCAGGUGAACGAGGAGAUAGAAAGACUGAAAUAUUAUCAAGCUGUGAUGAAACAGAAACAAGAGGACAUGAAUCAGGCCAUCAUGCACUGUGCACAGAUGCAAGCACCUAGAGACGAGGAGGUAAAUGUGACUACCCUGCAAGAAGGCAGCAACACUUUGCCAUAUCCCUUUUCCCAUGAAGACAAAGACCCUGAGGAGGACAAUGAUGGAGUACUUGACCCCUGCUAUCAUUACUCCGUGCUGGACCAGCCAUGGAGGGCCACCAACUUCAGCACCAAGAAUGUUGCUUGUGACCAGAAGGUGCAGUGGAAGGGCUGGUACCGCCUGUUUUACCGUGGGAAAACCAUCCAGAUGCCUGAGCGCUGUGUGAAGAUGGAGAUGUGUGGCACUCAUGCCCCGCUGUGGCUUGUGGGUGGCCACCCGCGCAUCCGUGACGGUAUCGUCACGCGCAAGGUCUGCGGCCACUGGAAUAGAAACUGCUGCGCCUUCAAAUCCCCUCCCAUCCAAGUGAAAGCCUGCAAGGGCAAUUUCUAUGUCUACAAGUUCGUCAAGCCACAAGCCUGUCAUUUGGCCUACUGUGCAGAUAUUAACACUCUUGUGUGCGGGAGGUGCAAGAAAGAUGAAAUAUGCAACAGCAGGGACAAGAUCAACUGGUUUUGUAAGAAAUCCAAAAGAAGAGUGAAAGCCAAAGUCCACUUCUUCGCCUCCUACCCCGGCAGCCUGCAAGGCAAAGUGAACCGAAUCCAGUUCAGCAAAGUGUACGUCAACGUAGGAGGUGCCUUCAACAGCCGCACAGGCGUGUUCACCGCUCCGGUCACGGGUGUCUAUCAGUUCUUCUUCUCUACUCAGAGCGCAACUAAUGGUGCUAAAACUGAUCUGUGGCUUGUCAUAAACGGCUACUGGGUUGCUUUAUCUCAUACUCGUGUCAGCAGCCCAAACUCACUGGGUAAUCUAUCCACAUACAUGACCUCUCUGCGCAAAGGUGCUUUGGUAUAUGUAACCCACAACUGCGGCUACUCUUGGGCUAACUCUGUAUCCAAUACCAUUACAUUUGGGGGUUCCCUGCUUUUAGUACAAAGAUAAAGGACCAAAGGACCAAACUUAGAUAUGAUAAUUACACCUCAAUCUUACUUUUCCAGUUGAAAUGGUUUAUAAUGAUUAUUGAUGCUAUUUCUAUUGCAUGUAAGUAUCUUCAUAUUAAAUAUAAGUUAUAUAUCCACCCGUCUUAGGGCGCAAAUUCCACAACAGUAACCAAAAUGAAUGUAAUCAAUUACCUGCCAGCACAGAAAAAUUGAGGCACUGAAUUUAGUGGGUUUCAAAUAUAUACAUACAAUAGAUUGCAUCAAUAAUCGGCAAUGGUUGUGUUUAUAUAAUGCAUUUUUUUCUCUGGAAAUUAGCCUAUAUGGCCUAUACACAUUUGUUAUUCACUCAUUCAGAGUGAAAUGCACUGUUCUAGAGAAACUUACAGAGCCAGAAUUGUUUACAGUGGUGGUGAUAGGAACCAGACGUCCCCUCACAUAAAGCUAUUACAUGAAAUGGUUACGAAUAAACUGCCUGAUUCAUUGUUUUACAAAACUUUUAAGAUGAACUUUUAACUUACAACAUAUUUUUUAACCCCAAUCAUGGUGGAGACAUUCAUGCAGGGUGUUGCACGGCAAAUUAGUCCUUAAAGAACAUUUUUAGGUUAUUUUUUUCUGAUUUAUCACUUUUUUAACCUUACCGCCAUUACAUAUAAAAACCCAGAAGUCACAUUUUGGUUUCCUGGUCAUUUUGCAUUGUAAAUCAAACAGCCAUAAUGGAUAGUCAAUCAACCCAUCACCACCACUGUAAAGACAUCUAAGUUAGUAAGUUUCUCUGCCAUGUAGUAUUUCACCUCAAACCACUGUCAAAGUCUUUAUUUACAUCAUAACUGAAUUAUGCAGAACUUCUUGAAAAAUCAGUGGAAUUGCCCUUUAAUGAAUGGACAGUGUUGAUCAUGCUUAGUUUGCUCUGUUUUAUUUUAGCUUUUGUUGUUAAUUGGUUGCAUAUAAUAUCACGCGUUACUGAAGACUGGAAGUAUGUUGAGUUGAAACUUUAGGUUGCUCUUCUUGUAAAACUAAAUGUGUCUGAUCUUUGCAGAACACAAUCAGUAAGUUGUAAUGACAUCAUAUCACCGCAGGGGGGGGCAGUAAUGUUAUAUUUGUGUAAAAGUAAGCUGAACCUCAGCCACAGGUAACUUCAUCCCGGUUUUAUCUCUGUCCCAAGCUACAUUAAAUCUCAAAUCUC